CCUGUAACUCUUGGAAAUAGGAAAAAAAAUGAAAUAAAAUAGAAAGAUUUUUCACUUCCUGCUAAUAAAAUUGUUUUUUGUGUGAUAAUAUUGAUCAGUUUUGUUCCGUGACUACUCGCUAUGAUUCAUGCAGGGCAUAAUUUAUUAAGAAAUGAAAUGGUUCAGUUACAUUUGGGUGUAACGUGAUUUUCCGAUAAAGAUUUCCUUCGAUAAUAACAUGCUUUAUCCGGAAAACACCUGCCACACUACUAGAAAACUCAACAUCGCGCUUCUAUUUUAAAUCGUGUAUCAAUAGAUGAUUGUAAAAUGUAAUGAUGUAUGUUGUGCAAUUGUUAAGAAUUUAACAAAAUACUUACCGUUAGACAAAUGAACGCGGCUAAAGGAAAGAGUAAACGAGGAAGACGGCCGACAGAACGAGAGAGCUCGGAUACAAAUAAAGAAGUGGCAGAGAAAGAGGAAGAAAACAGUGAAGACCAAGAUGGCAAAGCUUCGUCAUUGGCCGAAGAUGAGGAACAAGCUUUGGUAUGGACUCAACAGUACGAAAACGAAGCAGCAGAAAAUCAUCAAAAAAAGCUUAAUGGCGGAAAGAAAUGGAGCCCUCCAAGAUAUAACCAAAACAUACUCGAAUACGUUAAAGAUAGAAAGCCAAAUGCUGUUUCGAUUAGACCGUCCAGACGAUUUGUCGGAAGAUCAAAUGUCUUAAAUCGUAUAAGAAUGUCUCAGGAUCAGAAAAGGGAUUGGCCAUCUGGAAACAGGCCAAAUUCACUAUCACCCAUAUUAGGUCUGAAAGAACUUGACUCGUCAUUAAGAGACUUGCUUCCGGAAGAAAGUUUCUUUACAGAAGGUGAUUUAAUCAAUUCAGAUGUUGCAGCAAGAAUUCUUAAGGCCAAAGUGAAUGUUUUGCAAGAAGAAUUACAUCAGCUUAUUCAAGAAAGUGUUGAGAAAGAUGAAAGAAUAAAGCAGUUAGAAGAAAUACUAAAAGAAGUAGAACAAGAGAGAGCAAGAUUACAAAAGGAUUUCAGCAUUAAACAAAUGCAGGCUGACAAAUAUCAACACCUAGCCGACGAUGCUAGGAAUAAGCUUGAUGAUUUGGAAGCAGAAAAUAUUUCCUUGCGAAAGGAAGUUGAAAUUCUCAGACACGGUCAGAAACAGGCAGUAGCUAUUAAAGGUACCACAGAGUCGCGACUUCAUCGCACACUAGAAGAGAUGGACAGAUUAAGAACAGAAUUGAAACAAGCAAGACAAGAAUAUAAAAGCCACUCGGAUUUAGAGAAAAAGAAAAUCGAAGAAGUAAUGGCCGAAAAUAGGCAAAUGGAAAAACAAAAGAGCGAGCUUUUGAAUGCAUUUAAGAAACAGAUGAAAUUAAUAGAUGUUUUGAAAAAACAGAAGAUGCACCUGGAAGCGUCGAAAGCACUGAACUUCACAGAGGAAGAAUUUAUGCGUGCUCUCGAUUGGGGCAGUUAGAAACUUAACCGGGUUCUGUUUGACAAUUUCUAUAUUUAAAAUACUUGUCUUCGUAAUUUACAAAGCUUCUCUUUCAAAGUCAAGUUGUAAUUUGAGUACUGCCACAGACGUUACUCGAUACUUAAAUUAUAACUUUAAAUCGACCUUCAGCAAUACGUUUAUAGUGAAGUGAAGUCACAAUCUGCACCAUUUUUAUGCUUUUAUGGGACCAUUACGUGACUGAUUUAAGCAGUAUGCCAUCUUCAACUAUUCCAUGUCAAUUUUAAAUUAUUGUUAGCUUAGUUAAUAACAUAUUAAGUUAAUAUAUUAUUAUUGUAUGUUUUUACAAAUUUUCUAUCUUACAGUUUUUGUAAGUUAGGCAUUUAUUUUCAAGUACAAAAAAACAAUUAUAUUGUAUAUAUCUGUUAUAUUUAUUCCUUCUAUAUACAAAAUACUGUGUUUUUGGAGCAAU